UUUGCCUUGACAUUGCCCGGUAGAGUAGAAGUGAAGUCACCGGGACCUGGACGAACACUUCAUCCACCAGCACCACCGUAAAUUUUGCAUCCUUUCCCGUCCUCUGUCGCGAAAGCCGUCACUUAAAUCGCUACCUUUGAAUUUAAUUUGGCUACCGACGCCUUCUCCUUCCUUUUGGACUUUGUUAUUUUUGUGCUUUCCCUGCGGCGUGUGGUUGUCAGGCGGGCUAGCAUCGGUUCCUUCUCGGUCCUCGGUCGAACAUGGUGUUGGCCUGUCCUGUGGACAAGAAGACGGCGAAACAGUUCGAGGACGACGAGUCGAGUCCAUUUAAACCCACAUUUCACAAGCCUUCUCUUAACCUUCGCGUUUGGAAUUGUCGUGUGGCUGUUAGACGUUGAAGGCGAAUAAGCGGCUUUUUGAAGGGGAGGGGGACUCAGUGGGGGACGAGACACAACGCGGCAAUUUGGCAUUCAAAGUUGCCCUCAACUUGUUGGAACGAUAAAAGAUGGCGACAAUGGAGAAAUCAAGUGCAGCCUGAUGGGACCGCUUUACAUCCUGCGUCACUUAUAGGAGUUUUUCCCCAUCUCGUUUGUUUGCUUGGAUUACGACAGUAUUAUUAUUAUGGCUAUUCGCAGCCAAGAAGCGCCUGGUUGGGAAUAACCGCCAGCACCGGUGAUAACGAAGACGAUGAUGACCGAGAAAAGCGAUGGUUUCCACUCGUCGAGAUUUUAAGUAGUAGCAGGGAGUUCAUUACAUGGAGACUCGCCUGACAUGCCGAGGACGGAGUUGCCACUACCCGACGGAUGGGAAGAAGCCCGAGACUUUGACGGCAAAGUCUACUACAUUGAUCACAUCAACCAGAGCACCAGCUGGAUCGAUCCUAGAGACAGGCAGACGAAGCCUCUGACGUUUGCCGACUGUAUCGGAGAUGAACUGCCCGUCGGUUGGGAAGAGGCGUUCGAUCCUGUUGUUGGGGCCUACUAUGUCGACCACAAUACCAAGAGCACCCAGCUGGAGGACCCGCGGGCCCAAUGGCAGCGGGAACAGGAGGCCAUGUUGCGGGAGUACCUGGCCGUGGCCCGCGACGCCCUCAGCGCCCAGAAGGAGAUCUACCAGGUGAAGGAGCAGAGGCUCCGUCUCGCACAGCAGGAGUACCUGCAGCUCAACAACACCUGGCGGGACAAGUCCUCAUCGCAGACCAGCUUGAAUUCCAGAACGUCCACUUCCAGCAAGUACGACCCAGAUAUCCUCAAAGCAGAAAUAGCCACAGCCAAAAGUCGGGUCAACAAACUAAAGCGGGACCUGGCCUGUAUGAAGCAAGAGCUGCAGUACAAAGAACAAGGCUUCGAGACCCUCAAAGAGAUUGACCAGAAAGUGUCCAAUAGCCCGUAUGGUUUCAAGCUGCAGGAGGCGCAGGCCAUCCUCAGCGAGGUGCGCUCUAUCCGAGAUGCCAUCAGCAAUGGCGAGAAGGAGAAACAAGAGCUUAUACAGAAACUGGCGGUUCUGAAGGAUGCUUUCCAGCUAGACUUUGGCUCACAGCAGGAUCUGUGGGGCAGCAGUCCGUCGCUGGCUAACUCGGAACUGUCCAUACCCCGCCUCUACUCUGACGCCGGAUCCCAGACGGACAUCCCCGCCGAGUACACAAACAUUUCCAAUAAACUGGCAGAAAAAGUUCGUCUGAGUCUCAAGUACGAAGAAGCCAAAAGAAGGAUCGCCACCAUCGAGGUACAAAUUGCAAAGCUGGACAGCGAGGCGUGGCCGGGCCUGUUGGACCCUGAGCGGGACCGCCUCAUCCUCAUUAACGAGAAGGAAGAGCUACUGAAGGAGCUGCAGUAUGUGAGGCCGCGCCAACGCCUUGAGCCCAAUGACGCCGAGAAGCUGGAGACUGAGAAGAAGCGCCUGGAGACAGAUUUGCAGGCUGCAAGGGACAACCAGAGCAAAGCUUUGACCGAAAGACUGAGACUCCACUGCAGAAGGAACAUGUUAGUCAAGGAGCUGGAGGAGAUGGUGCGACUGGCCACAUCGUUACAAACUCAGCUCAAAAGCUUGUCUGCCAGCACCCUCUCGUGUUCCUCUGGCAGCAGUCGAGGGUCACUGACGUCGAGCCGCGGUUCUUUGGCCACCACCUCCAGCCUUGGCUCUACCUCCUCCCUCAGUUUCACCGACAUCUACCUGGAGCAACCGGAACUGGCCGACCCAGACUUCCAAAAUAAGCUGGAUAGCCUCCUGCAGGACAGCGGUCAGACGGGGUACCGGCCCUCUAACUCCAUCACCACCAUACAUGAACACGAAGUCGUGACAGGUGGCGACGUGAGGCAUGCUGACAGGCCAGAAGGCCCAACACCGGUGCUGAGUGUGGAGGCUGACAAAGUUGUGGGAGGUGAGGUGGGACCAUCCAGGAUUCAGGCACUCAGACUUUCAGAAACCCCUCGGUCCAUGAGCUCCUUAUCGCCACGCUCGUCGCUUUCUUCGCUCUCGCCUCCGUGCUCCCCGCUGGUCUCAGACGUUACCUUCAUGUCCGGGGAAGCCUUUACUGGCCAAGUUGGGCCCGGUGGGGUGAGCCUGGAUCUUGAGCUCCAGAGCAGACUAGCAGAGCUGGACCUCAGGCUGGACUCCCAAGAGCAGCGGCAGGAGGUGCGAAGCGUCCCAGGAGGGCUUGAAGAGAAGCAGAAACGAAAUGGCGGGCUGGUUGAGGAAUUAAAAGCACCAGAGUUGCAAGUGACAGCAGCGGGGCCAAAGAAGAUGGGCGUCAUCUCAGCUGUAUCUGACGAAUCUGUCGCCGGGGACAGCGGGGUGUACGAACCCUCUGAGCGCAGGCCUGGUCUUCCUUUUGACCUCCUCCUGGCCACAGAUGAGGAUCGGCUACACCUGGGCUGCCCUCAAGUGCAGCUCGGCUUCCGCUACGAGCCCCGAGACCAGCGCUUCACCGUGUCCGUCUUGCGUCUGUCCAACUGCAGCUCCCUCUGUCUGCCGGCUAACCAGAAAUUGCAUGUUCGCGUGGUGGUGCUUCCGUGCGUGGAGACAACACGCUGCCUGUUCCGAACGUGCGGCUACCCACCGCAAGAUGUCAUGGACUUUAACGAGGUAUUCGGCGUACAGCUGUCCCACAGCGCAUUGCGGCAGAAGACGCUGAGGGUGGACGUGUGCGACACCUCCAAGUCGGGCCACGAACAAUGUCUGGCCGGCGCUCAGAUCAGCCUAGCCGAUUUCAGUUUUUCAGAGGAAAGAAGAACCAAGUGGUACAAUAUGCUGAGUCAUGCUCUCCCGCCAGAGGUUACCGUCAAGAACAAGGAACUUGCCGCAGCUAAGGGUUUGGACGGGACUGGAGCUUCCAGCGGCGACAGAGUUCUGGAUGUUGAGGAAGCGCUGCGCGGCGAACUGCUGGAACUGUUUAACGACGAGGAAGAGCUCUGUGCUUUGAGCACAGAGCCGUUGGAGGAAGAAGACUUAUUCUAUGCUGACGGUGGCCAAUGGGAGGCAGAGGAGCAGCAGCAGCGGGAAGACGAAGAUGUUGAGGAGAGGGAGACAAAAGCGUCCCUCCGAGACACUAUGAAAGAAAUGGUCAACAAGGAGACGAGUAUGGACGGCUUAUCGUCAUCCAGUCACCAUUCGGUGGUCAGGCCCAAGGAACGACGCGCCAACCUCCCACAGCAGCAUGCCUUCAUGCGCGGCAACGCAAUCAUCCGCUCCAAAACAUUCUCCCCGGGACCGCAGAGCCAGUACAUCUGCAGGAUCAACCGUAGUGACAGCGACAGCUCCACGCUGUCUAAGAAGUCUCCGUUUGUGCGGAACGCCUCAGAGAGACGCAGCAUGCGCAUGAAGAAGCCCCCAGUGCAAGUGAAAGGUCUGGAUGGCUUGCUACGCACUUCUCUGGACCUCGAACUGGACCUCCAGGUUUCCCGCACCCGCCAGUCGCGGCUGGCUCAGGAGCUGCAUGUGCUGCGCGAGCUGAAGGCCCAGCUGGAGACGGCACGGCAGCAGGGGCGGCGUGAGCUUCCCAUGUGGGUUCGAGAAGACGAACGCUUUCGCCUUCUCCUCAAGCAUGCUGAGAAACAGACUCAUGAGGAGCAGCUGCAUGAAAAGCGGGUUGAGAAAAUGAUGAGGGCGGCGGCGAAGGACGUCCACAAGAUUAGAGGCCGCAGCCGCAAGGAGGUCCCCGAGGUGCAGACCUUCAGAGAAAAGAUGGCGUUCUUCACACGAGCCAAGACCACCAUCCCUGACCUACCGGCCGAUGACGUCUAGCCAAGCAUUUCAAAAAGUCUUAAUCCUCCUCACGCAAGUCACGUAAAAACAAUUAUAUAAAGAAUUUAAUAUCAUACACACAAAACAAACAUUACCGUGACCACUCAGCAUUGUUUAGCCUUUGUACAUAUAGUGAGGACACUGCUCAAGUUUUCCUUUUAUGUGUUUUUUUGUUGUCUUCUGUUACUAACGCACCUGUAAAAUCAUUCCAGCACAAACAACAACAGCACAAAUAUCCAAACUUAGAACAACAACGGUACUGAAGCAAGAAAUUAUGAUUAGAAUCAUAAUGAUAAUAUGAAGGAGGUAUGUUUUAAAUGUUCUGUUAUGGAGCUCUUUAAAUUUAAACUGGAAGCGGAAACUGCAUGUCCCAGCAUGCAUUGUCGCGAGUAGCCACACUCCCUUUCUUAUGCUGCAUUCAAGGAAGGUGGGAAGUCCGCCUUUUCCCUUUCGGAUGGUACCAGUUGCGACCUCAAAGCGUUCCAAGCGAAUGUAAACAGCAAAUAUGGCUAAUCGCGACAAGUUUUUUUUGUUUAUUUUGGCGAUCAAGAGACAUUUUGACCUCCAGCAAACCUGCAUUCUCGUAAGCGAUCAAAUGGUGGAGGAAAAUGAUGGCUUAGGUAACUAACACACUGUAAACUGCCUUCUUUAGUUACAUCCUUUCUGAAAUUCUUUAUGAUAAUUUACUGUAUGAGAAGAUAUACAUGGCGUCUCAAAGAAACUUUAUUAUUGUGUCAUCAAUACGUUGUCUUGAGCACGUUUUUGUCGAGUGAUGUCAGAUUGAAGCAACUCGUGAAGUCGCGUGACUAGGACCUCCCAGUUCGAGUGGCGUUCCAAUGAUAUUUUUCCUGCUUGGAGGUUGGAAAACUCAGACUUCCCACCUUACUCAAAUGCAGCAUUAAAAGUACACCAUUUCUCUCGCAAUAUUUUCUUUGUUGAUCCCUGCCAGCAGAAGAAAACAUAAUUUUUUUUUUUAAUGAAGUUGUUUGUAUCCUAUUGACAGCACUGAUGUUUGUAAUAUUAUUAUUAUUUUUUUUUUCAAACAUUGUCCACAAUGUGAGUCAAAAACAAACACGCUCUCACACUCAGGUAGGAAAUUAGUGUUCACCGUAGCAGAAUCAGUGGCCAUGUUUACAUGCAACCAAAAACUCUAUUUGGCUCCAUUUAAACGUGACCAGUGCAGAAGUUGUAAAGAAAAUAAUCAUGCUGGAAAUAUUGAAACUGAAAAAUCUUUUUUUGUCGGUGUAACAGUGAAUAUCUCAAUUGUAUUUUUGAAACCAGUCAGCACCAAUGGGAGCGCACCAGCACCUUGCUCUUUAUUCUUAUUGGCUGCCUGAUUAUUGAACUUUGAUGUAACUGGAUGAAGAUUUAAAAUGCAUGUAUAACUGGACCUUUGAACCACAUGGACACAAGAACAACACAAGCAAGAAUCAGCUAUUUCUUAAAUAUUAGAGUUGCAAAGUGUUGGACAUUUUUUAAAAGGAAUUUCCAUGAGAAGCCAAGAUUGAAAAUUUUGACAAUUUUUUAAAAUUCGAAACUUAAUAAUGAGCAACUGGUAAUGGAAAUGUGGUGUAGUCAAGCAAAAAUACUAUCGUUUGGCUGAGUCCUAAAGUGGCUUUCAUGCACAAUAGAUAUUCUCCUAGCUCAUAUUUCAGGGCAUUGAAGUACCAGUUUUUUUCCCAUUAUGAUGUACUCGAAGCUUCUCCAUAACUUAAAGUUUUUGCUUUUAAAACAAAGCACAAAAUUCGUCACGUUACGGCUACUAACUCUGGAAAAACUCAUCAAUCUGGGCACCUUAAAUUUGAUGAAUUCUCAUUAUUUGCUAUGAAUUCAAAUGUCUUGGAAGUUUGAAACCCUUAAUGGUAUUAUUAAUCAUUACAAUCCAAGUACAGUAAUGGAACCUCCAGAACUGUGUUUUUUCCUUUCGAAAAAACAUGAUGCAACUCUUUUAAGUGUCAGACUAAGAUUUUUAUCAAACUACAAGAAAUUCAAAUUACACUGCUUUGCAAUACUGUAACCUAGUGAGGGUUUGUAGGUAUUGCUGUAAUGUCUAUUUCCAGAAUAAGUAGCUGUUAACUAGGUAAAAAUACUUCGAUACUUUCAGUUACCUUUAUUGCUCAAAUUACACUGAGCACCUUGACCCAAACCUUUUGUGUCAUUCAAAAUACUUCGUAAGACACAACACAAGGCCUCCAUCUUACCACCAAUGAUUUCAGUCACACUCGAUGUCAUUCCACUUGUCCAUAUAUUUUGUUGUUUUGAAUUAGUUUGUGUGUGUUAGACAGCGAGAAAUUUCACCUGAUGUGCUUUUGUAUCACCAAGAUCGAUAAGAAAACAUCCUAAUCGUCUUAAAACAAGCUAUAAAACUCUUGAACCUUCAAAUUUUGUCUCUCGUCAAGCAGCUCUCACAGUGUCCUGGCAAAUCAUUUUGUCUAUAAACUUUGUGUACAUGUUGACGUUUUUUUUUUUUUUUUUUUUUGGAUGAGUUGAAGAUCUUCCACACUCUACUGUACAAAUGCAUCUUUUUUGGUGAUGUACACAAACGACAGAAUGCUUUAAGGCUUAUUUUCCUUCUGUUGAAACCGGAUUAACUGAACACAGCUUCACAACAAAGGUCAUAAGAGGAUGUGCACGCUAAUGCUCCACAUUUUUGUUGCUGUCUUGAAAUUUUUCUUUUUAUAGUUUAUGGGUAAAUACAUUUUAUUACUUUUGUUUAAUACACAACAUCACAAAAAAGUGGUAUUUGAACAUUGGAGUGUGUAAUUCACGAAUAAGAAGAGCAGAUAAUGAGAGUUCAAUAUUUUAUUAUGAAAAAUCAAAAAGCUGGAAUGUUUAUUUUUUCUUAAUGUGAGCAAGUGUCAAGUGAAUGUCAUCAUGAUCCACUCUAUUGCUUUUCUUUUGACAUGAAGAUGAAGGAAUGUAGUUUAUAUCCACGUGAAUGUUGAGAAAGAAGGAAAAUAAUGUCUUUUUCUUGUUUGAUAGUUGAGAGUUACCCGCUAAUGAAUCAGUUUGUUUAAAGAUAAUGAGGGUGAUGAUGUGUCUGUGUAUGCAUGUGUGUGUGUGAAUGUGUGAGACAGAGUAGAAAACAACCAGCAUGUAUUUAUUGCACUUUUGUGAUUGGGGUGUACUUUUCCUGUUUCUAUUUUUUUUUCUUCCUUUUUCUCUUCAAGAGUCCCGAAAAGCUGUGAAUUGAAUUCUCAGACACUGUACUGUCGAGCAGAGUUGUAAAUAUUUCACCAGCACAAAAUACAACAAAAAACACAAGUUUUGUAGUUUCACAACAAAUAAAAUGUUAUC